AUGCCCGUCUCAACAUCCAGUUCUGAUACUUCUGAAUACAACUCUGACGAAAAUGAGAGCCUCACUUUCUACCCUGCAUUCUGCUUCAAAGCAUCACCAACGCACUUUGCCUGGGUGAAAAUGGGUGCAGCCGAUGUGCAUCGUCUCCGAAGAUCGCCUCAGUUUGUGGGCCCAAACAUCUUCUUCUACAACAACCACCCAAUCCAAUUCGUCAGCCUAGUAGGCAUAAUAGUGUCGCGCACCGAAGUCUUCCGCCGCACACUCCUAACACUAGACGACAGCAGCGGCGAAACCAUCGAGAUAGUCGUGCUGCAAAAGACAACACAAAAACCCAGCACAGAAGACCCAGACACAGAAGGGACAGAACAACCACCCACCGCAACAACAGCGGUGCUGAGCUGGGCCUCAUUCUCCAACCUAACACCAACAACAGGCCUGACAACAACACACAUAACCUCCAAAGACCGCGACGAGAUAGACAUAUCAUCCCUGCAACCGGGGACGCUCGUGCGUGUCAAGGGGACAUUGUCAACAUUCCGCCAGCGGAUGCAGCUGAAUCUCGAGCGGUUCUGGCUGGUUGGCGAUACGAACGCUGAAAUGCGGUUUCUGGAUGAUCGUCUGCGGUUUCUUCUGCGGGUUUUGUCUGUGCCGUGGGAGCUGAGUGAUGAUGAGGUGGAGGAGUUAAGGAGGGAUGCGGAGAGGAGUGAUGAGCGGGCUGUUGAGGGGAGGAGGAGGGCGGAGAGAGCGGUGAGAAAGAGGGAGGAGAGGGAGGAGAGGCAUGCUAGGGCUAUUGCUAAGAGGUAUAAGAAGGAGGAGGAGGAGAGGGAGAAAGAGCUUAGGGCUUUGAGGGAGGAUGGGGAGAGGGUUAUGAGGAGGUUUGGGUUUGGGGCGUAG